AUGAUCUCUGCUACGCUUCGUUCUGCCUUGAGGGCCAAUGUUCCACGCACUGUCGCCAGAAGCGCCAGACCCUCCUUUGCCAUGAGCCCUCUCAAGAUGACCUCCGUGAGAAUGUACUCUGAGCACCACGAGGAGACAUUUGAGGAGUUCACCGCCAGAUACGAGAAGGAAUUUGAGGAGGCUUACGACUUGUUUGAGGUUCAGAGAAUCUUGAACAACUCUUUCUCUUACGAUUUGGUUCCAGCACCAUCGGUGAUCCAGAAGGCCCUUGAGGCUUGCAGAAGGGUCAACGACUACCCUACUGCCGUGAGAACGUUUGAGGCCUUGAAGCACAAGGUGGAGAAUAAGGAACAAUAUCAGGCCUACUUGGAUGAGUUGAAGGAGACCAGAGAAGAAUUGGGCAUCGACUUGAAAGAAGAAUUGUAUGCUGACGAGGCUUAA